GGUGCGGCCCAAAUCACGACUACGGGUGCGCGCCACGAGGCGAACUGUGCCACUUGCACCAGUCGCCUCGUGCAUGCUUGGCGCCACAAUGGCACCCCGGUGGCUUCACCUCCCGGACGGCUGAAGUUGAUCCUGCUACUUCGCAGCCUCCCGGGACAUCCCGCAGCCACCGCCGCCCUAAAACGGAAAGCGAAACCUAAGGAGAAAUCCGUGCGGGAGCAAAGAGAGCAAACUUCCACCCUUCUCCGAAGUGGCACAUCCGACGGGCGGAGCUCUUUGACGGGAAAAAGGAACGCCCCGUGGCAAGACGCCGACGCAGGGAGAGACGGCAGAAAGGGUCGUCCUCGUCGUCACUGCGCCGCAGCUGCUCCCUCGCUUAGGAGGAGGAGGAGGAGGAGGAGGAGAACAACGAUGGCCUUCGCCUGGAGUUUCCUCUGGAGCCUUUGCCUCCUUUUGGGUCUCCUGCUGCUGCCCGGCGGUUCUUCUGAACAGUGUGAGGCUUACAAAGAUGCCUCUGGACGUUGGCAUGCACAGCAGAUUUGCUCAAAAUUAUGCUGUGGGACCUGCACUAAUCGUUAUUGUUGCUCAGACCCCUUUGACAGAAAUUAUCAGUCUCUCUGUUCCUUGGAAAGUCCAUCUUUCAAGCCUGAACCAUUCAAGAUAGACCCAGAUUUUGAAGAUCUAUAUACGGCUGAUUACAGUGGGACAUUUAUAGCAAUUGGCAUUUCAAUUUUCGUCGUGUUUGUAGUAGGCAUCAUUCUCUGCUUCACCUGCUCGUGUUGCUGCCUAUAUAAAGCCUGCCGAAGGAGACCGCAGCCUGUUGUAACAACAGCCACAACUGUGGUGCAGAUGCCUUACCCUCAGCAGCCUGGGGCACCAGUUGCUUAUGCUGGAGGAGCAUACCAAGGAUACAAUCCAUUGCCGGUACAGCCCCAUCCUGGAAUGCCACCAGCACCCUACCCAACCCAGUACCCUCCACCCUAUCCUACACAGCCUAUAAGGCCACCACCAUACCAGGAAACAGUGCCAGCUGGUGCCUCAGCUCCUCCAGCUCAACCCCCUUAUAAUCCAGCAUACAUGGAUCCUCCAAAGGCUUCCUAUUAAAUGGACUUUUGCUGUUGUGUGUCUGUCUGGAGGCCUCUUCAAAUUGCCUUUUUCACGUGGAGUUCUUUCUGAAGAUGAUAUUCUGAUAUACCUGUUUGGAGGGAUGGAUCACAGUUUAGACAAUUUUAUUUACAGCGCAUUGAGAAGUGCAAGAAAUUAAAGCAAUUAAAAGAUGACUUUUGUAAAAAAAAAAAAAAGGUGUGUGUGUGAAUCUAAGAAAGAACUUAAAAAGUAAGCAUUGGGAAUAUAAUUGGACUAAACAGGGACAAUCAUUUGAGGGAUUAUUUUGGCAUUGUUUCAUCAAAAUCAAUUUAAAAUGGGCUAACCUCUUUCCAUCUUAGUACGGAAGGGUAACAUCUGAUGUGAAACACUAUGUUUUCUAAGUAAUAGGGAAAUAGCUCUUUAGCAAGAAAUGGGGCAUGUUGCUCAAUAAUCCCUUUGUUUUUGUCCAUUACACAGCAGUUGCAUAGUCUUUCAGUAUCACAGUACAAAUACUUUAAUUUCAUUAGAGUUUUGUCACUAUACAAAAAAAAAAAUCUUUUGUAUUCUCUAUUGCAUGGAGAUGGUUGAAUGGGAUCAUUUAUCAGCUUUCUGUGUUCUGCAACAAAAUAUUACAGCAUGUUGUGCUCUUACAAAAGAAGACCAGGACUUGCACCAAACAAAGAUAAAUAAGCUGGUGACCUCCUCUACUUUUAUCUAUAGUUCCCAGAAUCCCUUGCCUUUAGCAUCCAGAGGCUGCUGGGAAUUUAAAUCCAGCUGGAGGGACAUUAAAUUACAUAGCCCUGCUCUAGGCUAUUUAAAUAGGAUAUUUCAUUCCUCCUUACGUUAACCAUUUUUCUUACCUAACUGACAGUUUCCUAUAGGCACAUAUAGUUUUGAUAAGGUGGUAUUUUGAUUAGAGUCUCACCAGCCUGAAUGUACUAUUAGAAGGAGGAAAUAUCACAGUAAUGUUUCAUUUUAAGUACGUGUUUUGCUGCAGUUUCAGAAUAAAUCCAUUUCUCAAUUGAAAGUAACUUUUCAACUACUUAAGGGGAGAGAGAGAAAGAAAGAAAGGUGAAUUUCUAUAAACAUUAUAUGUAAUACAUUUGGCAACCUAGAGACUUGUAUGAAAGUGGAAAUAUUUCAAAACUCUUUACAUAGUAAUAUGGAAGUAAUUUGAUAAGGAAGAAAGCCUAAUCCUGGGCUAACACCCCAGGAUAGAGAUGGCUCCCAAUCUCUGCAUAGCUAAAGCAAUCCAAAGAAAAACAACUUUGCUCCAAAUAAAGUGACAUGGCAUCCAAAAUAAAUCAGUGCAGCUCAUAAAACCAGCCAACACUAUGAGAUUAUAUACAUUCUGAGAACUCUAGUCUCUGUUUAGAAAUACCCCAGCCAAGAGAUAAUAUGGUUUUUUCCCCCGUUGCUAAUAGUUUUCCGUAGUUACAGAAUUCUAGUCUUGGUGUUCGAUGAAUAUUUCUGUCACCUUUGCGUCUUCUAACUCUCCCAAUUUCAGUUCCAUUUUCUAUUUAAAAUACUUGCAGAAUAAUUAAGAGUGAAUUCUGUAGGGCUUUCAUUUAAUAUGUAGCGGACUUUACAGUAAAUAACACAGGAACAUUUCUCUUCAGAUGUUGUAUCUCCUCUGCCUUAAUGGCUUGUAUCAGUCUUUUCCAAACCACUAAUCUUGAGAGAUACUGAUUUAUGGCCAUGCUUCAGUGGUGGGUUGCUACCGGUUCGCCCCGGAUUGGGCGAGCCAGUAGUGGCGGUGGCAGGAGUCUCUGCCCACCCGCCCAGAUGUCUCUGCACAUGCGCAGAAAUGUCGCACAUACGCAUCCAUGAGUGAACCGGUAGCGAUGGGAUUUGAAACCCACUACUGCCAUGCUUGCUGGAGAUACAAUAAAUUAUAAUCCAACAUGAUAAAGUGAACUCAUCUGAGAGAAGUGGGCUACGUUAUGUUACAGAAAAAAUGAAAGGAUAUCAGAAAAUUAAAGGUUAUAUAUGUGGAUAAUGAAAUACUUCUUUGUGCCUAGGAAGAGAAAAUGGUUGAUUUCUGCGGUUUGUGUUAAGCUCUGCUAUUACACUUUGUAAAUACAGACAAUCUUCAAUUUACAACUAUAAUGAAGCUUGCCAUUUAUGGUCAUAAGUCAUGACAAUUAUAAAGCAGAACAUCAUGUGAUUUUAUGACUUUUUUUGCAAACAGUUGUAAGACAAGGAUUACCUGUAAGUCUGAAAGAGUUUGCCUCCUUAUUCCUACCCAUUAGUUAUUUCAGCAAGCUUUGGAUUUUAUGACAGCAUGACUCUUAUGUUUUUACUUCCACUUAUGUCUUACAAAGAAUACCUCUAUCACUGUGCUGUAAUUAUGGAAUCAUAGUAUUAUUUUGUUGAAGGCCGUUUUGCCUGCUUGCCUUGAGUGCUGCCUCUGUUUCCUUAUUCAGGCUAUAUAUGCUGAGAGUAGUUUCUAAUCAUUGUAAUGUGUGAAAUCACAGUUAAUGUUGGCAAGAUUUCAGUAAUUGACAACUGAUAACAGAAUUUCUCCAAAAGUAUUUGCUUAUGAAAAAUUUAUAAUAGAAGGUAUUUCUUUAAUGGCGCUUCUACUGUUAGAAGUGGGUCCUGUUACAAUUCAUAGUACUUGUCUGAAGUAUGAAGGAUUGUAACAAGUGGCACGUGUAGUGUCUCAAUUAAAAUGCUGCAUUCUUUGUCGAAGAAAAGAUUUUAGUUUAUCCUUUUUUAUUGUGAAUUUUUAAAGUGCCUUUUCAAAUUUUUGUAACUGUCACCAUAGCUAUUGUACAAUAUUAACGUACCGUGAUGUUUUUGUUCAGAAUCUUUGAUUUUGUUUUUAAUAAAAAAUUUUCCUUUAUAUGUUGUUGCUUCCAGUAAAGAAAAUACCUUUAGAAAAAAAAGCUAGCAUAUUUGUGGCUAUUUGUAAUAAAUCAGACCAUUUAAAAUACGCAUUGCUUUUAAAUGACUUUAAUUUGGCUUAGAUUAAAAGUGUUUGCAUCCUUGAAUUGGACGUCACUGGUCCUAGCUCAAAGUUGCAUGGAGCUGUUUUCACAUUCGCUUAGUCUUAUAUUCAUUUUAAUUAAACAUUCCCACACAUUUCAAUUA